AUGAGCACGACACCGGCGCUCAAUUGGGACGACUAUGUGGCAAGAUGCAGAACUGCCAUGGAGAAAGCUAUGGAGGCGCAGAUGAGAACCGAAGAUCUGUCUCAGGUCACCUUCGAUGGAUGGCUGACGUCGAUCAAUGAGAAACUUGCUGAAGCCAACCGAGGUCACAAACUCACGUGUGAAAAAUUUCAAACCCUGAACGACUUGGAGGCGCCCCCGCGCCGAAAGGAGCUUCUUGUCAUAUGUGACACCAGAGGAAACAGACUGAUGGGCAAAAAAGCGAAAGAGCAGAUCUCGUUCCAUAUCCAACGCCAGCUCAACACAAUCAACUUCUGGGAAUUUAAUCCGAAGCUGUCCCCGUAUCCGCCACCACCCGAACGCACGCAAUCUGAGAUAACGAGAGUAGAAGUGAGGCAGGCAAUCAUGAGGCUGAAGAAUAACAAAGCGGUCGGCUCUGAUGGAAUCCCGGCAGAAGCCUUGAAGGCUGAUCUUGAUCAGGCCUCCAAACUGUUAGAGUAUGAAUAUGAGAGACUGUGGAAGGGACAUCCGAUGCCCCAUGAUUGGUUGCACACUGAAAUAUUGCCGAUCUAUAAACGAAAAGGUCAUGGCAGACAGAAUCUCGGACAGGCCAAAGCGGCUUCCGAAGAGGGAGAUCAACCAUACACAAUGUAA